GUGAUGUUUAGCACUGUCGAGUCCUGGUUAGUUUCAGUACUCCUUUUUUCAGUUUUGCUACAUGGCAUGAUAUUUAUUCCAUAUUGGCGAUUAUCCCGACCUGGCAAAGCCUCAAGGCAGCAUCUAACCCAGGCUGAGAACAUAUUACACCAGGAAGAAACCGUGGCAUGAAUAACUCUGCUUUCCAUCUAUAGUCUAAUAAUCAUCAGUGAAGGAACCAAAGAAGGGGUGUCAAAUUGAUGACAGAUAAGGUAAAGUGUAACAGUGCAGUAAGCAGAACAGAAAAGAAGAACCAUUUUACAGAUUAGCUACGUUCUCUGAGAGUCUGAGGUGACUAUGGACGGAAAGCUUCCUCAUGCUUCAGCCAGGGAUAGAAAUCUUGUUGUUCUGAGCUUCGGACUGCUGUGUAUCCUACAAGCUGCUCUCAACAUCUCCCUGCGUCUUGCUCUCUACAGUUCUGAUCCGAGGACGGCAGAUUAUGAGGCUGUGAUCAAAAACCUGACAGAAGAGGGGGACACGUUGAAGAGGAAGAUGAAUAUGUUUGAUCAUUACACCCAACAGGGAUGGUUGUAUUUCAACCACAGUGUCUAUUACAUUUCUUCUGUUCAAAAAUCCUGGCAGGACAGUAGAUAUGACUGUCUGCAAAGAGGUGCAGACCUGGUGAUUAUCAACAGCAAAGAGGAACAGGAGUUCACAACACACUUCAAACGGAACUCAUGGAUUGGACUGACUGACACAGAGACAGAAUGGACGUGGAAAUGGGUGGAUGGGACUCUGCUCAACACAAGCUACUGGCACAGUGGAGAACCCAACUCCUAUCAACGCAGAGAUGAAGACUGUGCAAGCACGAGGUUCUAUGACGAUGCAAACAGCUGGAAUGAUGACCACUGUAACUUGCUUUACUUCUGGAUCUGUGAAAAGAUGGUGGCCUAGCUUUAUAGCUCUGCAUCCAAACCUACUAGAAUGGAAACUGAAAAGCUGCAGGGAAAGGGGCAAAUUAAAAUGCAUAGACAAACAAACAGCUUCAUUAAUGUGCCUUGAUAGGCUUUGUUCAUGGGCAAUAUUUUGAGAUGUUAGCAUACUGAGAAUACAGAUAUAAAGAAUAGAACUGGUGAUGUUUAGCUGCAUUAGCUCAAGGGACCUUGUUUUGUACAAACUGCCUUUGGUUGGGGUGGCAUAGAUUCAGUGUAAUUUGUGUGGCUUCUGUAAUACUGCACAUAGUUGCUGUUCUGACUUUUUCUGUGAAUAAAUGUUUCGUAUCCACUUUA